AUGGAUAAAUUUUUGAACAGACCUAAACGUGAUAAUCCGGAAUUUGAUAGUUCUAAUACUGUAAGAAAAUCAAAACACCGUAAAUAUGAUGAGAGUUACAUGGAUUAUGGUUUUACGUAUACAUUAGUGGAGAAUGAAGAACGUCCACAGUGUGUUAUUUGUUUCAAAGAGAUGGCUGUUGAAAGCAUGCUCCCUAAUAAAAUAAAACGUCAUUUGGAAACGGUACAUGAAACUUUGAAAAACAAACCACGUACAUAUUUUGAGUCAAAAUUAAAAGCAAUGCGUGAACAAAAGAUAACCUUUGCCAAGCAUGCUAAGAUCCCUUCUAAGGCUCUGCUUGCAUCUUACAAAGUUGCUUAUCAGGUCGCUAAAUGUAAAAAACCACACACUAUCUCAGAACAGCUCAUUUUACCGGCAGCAAUGGAUAUGGUGUCAAUUAUGCUUGGGGAGGCUGCUGCCAAGCAAUUAAUGAACAUACCAUUAUCAGAUACUACUAUUAGUCGCAGAAUACUUGAUUUGGCUGAAGAUAUUAACGAUCAGUUGAUAGAUAAAUUAAAAGGCAAGGAUUUUUCUCUACAACUGGACGAAGCCACUGAUAAUAAUAAUGAUGGCCACCUAAUCUGUUACGUGAGGUUUAUAGAUGGUGGCGUUUUUCACGAAGAUCUUCUUUUUUGCCGAACUAUUAAAAGUCAAGCUAGAGCAAUAGAUUUGUUCCAAAUGCUCGAUUUUUUCAUUACGGAAAAUAAUUUAAUGUGGGAAAUGUGCUGUGGUAUUUGUACUGAUAGAGUUCGUUCGAUGUCAGGAUGUUACAACGGACUUCAAGCCCUCAUUAAAAGAAAAGCCCCAUUUGCUGUAUGGACUCAUUGCAUAAUUCACAGAGAAGCUCUCGCUUCAACAUCUAUCAGCCCAUCUCUUGAUGAGGUAUUGCAAUCAACUAUUAAAAUCGUUAACUUCAUCAAAACUCGUCCAUUGAAAUCCAGAUGUUUCGAACAAAUGUGUGUUGAUAUGGGAGCUGAGCACACUUCCUUACUUUACUAUUGCAAUUCUCGAUGA